GCGAUUAGUGCAAUUACCCAUACCCAGCAUCUAGCGCUGCCACAUCACAGAAUUAUUCAAUCAGUCUGUAAGAACGUACAUUUAACAUUGUGCAGGAUUGUUACAGGUUGUCUACAGGAUGUGGCAAUGGACAUUACUGCUGGUAAUGACAACGUUGAUUUCAAAUGGGAUGAUGGCACUGGACCCAUGCAAAGAUAGUUGUGAACAUACAUUCGACAUAGAUGUGCUACAAGAAGAUGAAGGAUUUGAAGUGGAUGGCUACAUACCUGAGGUUGCAGAUAGGCUACCAGAAGAUAUUGGUGUUCUUGUCGGACGUGGAAUUGACCUUGGAAGGAUAAAUGAAAAUUAUUUGAAAGAAAUAGGAGUGCCACAAAUUAUUAUUAACAAACUAAAACCAUACCUUGGUCUGCAGGGAAAAGAAGCCGAAGACAAACUAAAUGAAACACCUCUGGUGUUAACCUAUGAUGAGUCAGUAGAUUUAAGUACAAGAGUGGUGAAUAAAUUCUGCGAAGAUAUUACAAGAAGAUAUAACAACGCCGUGAAAGGCAAUUCUACUCUGAAGAAAUUUGAAGCCUUAACUUUAAUACAACGAUCGGUUAUUAUAUUCAUAUACUAUCAGUAUGGACUGGAUGGGGCCCCAGAUUUCUGGAAAUUUGUCACCGCACAGGAUUGGGACGGUGCACUUGAUGAAUUAAACAAGAUAGCGAGAAAUGAUGAAGCGCAAUGGUUACACAAUAAGGUCGUUGAACAUUGGGUGAACGAUAAUGGAACUGUCAUCAAAGAAGGUCAAGGUUGUGAAGAUCCACAUAUCAGAACAUUUGAUGGGUUGAAAUUCAACUUUCAAGGUUAUUGCUCGUACAUUCUCACAAAAAGUAGUGAUAACGUAACAUUCCCAGCAUUCCAAGUCAAUGCAAAUUUCAGUGGCGUUCAUAAUCCGCGGCAACCACCAACAAGAAUGAUCAAUGGUAAGCGCUUCAAGAACACGUCAGCUGUUAUCGGAAAUGGAGACGGAAAUGUUGAUGUUGAUAAAACAAACGUUUAUGUUAAAAUGACAAAACCAAAGCUUAUGCUGACAUGGAACGGACGACAGCACAAAAUAAAGAUCCGACUCGAUGAUACCCGGAUGUAUGGUAAUGUGUACGGUAUGCUUGGCGACGCUGAUGGGUUUAGCAGUAAUGAUUUGAAGAAGUCAGAUGGGAAAUUUACUACCAAGUUUGAGGAUUUUGGUAACAGCUGGGAGAUACCAGGAAGCUGUAAUUAG